AUGAACAAUAAGCUAACUUCCUCAUCGUUUAACCCGGAGACCUAUUCCACCGAUUUCGAUACUGCUGAUAAACUCUACUUCGAGGAGUUGAGCUAUGAGCGUGUCAUGGAUAUUUACGAGCUCGAGAGCGCUUCGGGCGUUGUGGUCUCCGUUGGUGGCCAACUCCCCCAAAAUAUCGCGCUCCGUCUCCAGGAGACCGGAGGUGCCAAGGUUCUCGGAACCGACCCAAGGGACAUUGACAAGGCCGAGGACAGGCAGAAGUUCUCCGAGAUCCUCGACAGCAUUGGCAUCGACCAGCCCGCAUGGGAGGAGCUCACCUCCGUCCAGGAGGCCGAGGCCUUUGCUGACCAAGUCGGAUACCCCGUGCUUGUUCGCCCCAGUUAUGUCCUCUCCGGCGCCGCUAUGACUGUCAUCCACAGCAAGGAGGACCUGAAGGAGAAGCUUGAGGCCGCCGCCAACGUGUCUCCCGACCACCCUGUAGUCAUCAGCAAGUUCAUUGAGGGUGCCCAGGAGAUCGAUGUCGACGGUGUCGCUUCCGAGGGCAACCUGAUUCUUCACGCUGUCAGUGAGCACGUCGAGCAGGCUGGUGUUCACUCCGGUGACGCCACUCUUGUCCUCCCUCCUGCAAACCUUGACCAGACCACCAUGGACCGCGUCAAGGAUAUCGCCGAGAGGGUUGCCAAGGCCUGGCGCAUCACCGGUCCCUUCAACAUGCAGAUCAUCAAGGCCGAGAACCCUGAGGGUGGUGAGCCUGCGUUGAAGGUCAUCGAGUGCAACCUCCGUGCCUCUCGUUCAUUCCCCUUCGUCAGCAAGGUCCUCGGCACCAACUUCAUCGACGUUGCCACCAAGGCUCUUGUCGGCCAGCAGGUCCCCGAGCCUGUCGACCUCAUGGCCGUUAAGCGUGACUACCUCGCUACCAAGGUGCCCCAGUUCUCCUGGACCCGUCUCGCCGGCGCCGACCCCUUCCUCGGCGUCGAGAUGGCCUCCACCGGUGAGAUUGCCUGCUUUGGCAAGGACCUCGUUGAGGCCUACUGGACCUCCCUGCAGUCGACCAUGAACUUCCGUAUGCCUGAGCCCGGCGAAGGUCUCCUCUUCGGUGGCCAGCUGAACAAGGAGUGGCUCCCCACGGUUGUCAACUACCUUGCUCCCAUGGGUUACAAGCUGUACGCCGCCGACAACGAGGUCAAGGAGUUCCUCGAGUCGACCGCCAAGGGCAAGAUCACCGUCGACGUAAUCGAGUUCCCCAAGGAGGACAAGCGCGCCCUUCGCGAGGUCUUCCAGAAGUACGACAUCCGCGGUGUCUUCAACCUGGCCCAGGCCCGCGGCAAGACCGUCAUGGACGUUGACUACGUCAUGCGCCGCAACGCCGUCGACUUUGGCGUUCCCCUAUUCAUGGAGCCCAAAACUGCCAUGCUCUUUGCCCAGUGCAUGAGCGAGAAACUGCCCCGCAAGGAGGGAAUUCCCUCCGAAGUCCGCCGCUGGUCUGAGUUCCUCGGCGGCAAGCCGUUGUAA